AUGAACUUCCUUUCUAUACUUGAAGUUUUCGUGUUCAUUCAAAACACUUUCGUCGACUCUGCCUACGUGGAGCAUUACUAUGAAUCAAUGGGAGCCACCUUGUAUUCGAACGGAUCUGAAGUGAUGGUGCAAAGUUAUGAAGAAGCGAGUGAGCAUUGUCAAACAACUGGAGGGAAAAUUCUGAAAAUAUUGAAUUCAGAUCAGCAAAGUGUUCUUAACAAUUUUUUGAACAAUUCAAAACUUAACGUGAAUAAAAAUGAUGGUGUCUUCAUUGGUUUGAGAAGAACUGAUUUUGAACAGAACCAUAAACUGCAUUCUAUUUUGAAACCAGAAGAUUAUGUAGAAUUUAAACAGAGAAGAGGUAACAACUUUUUGUUCAUUGAAGACGAUAAACUGAACUUGAUGAUUGGGAAUAAGCCAAAUCGUUUUUUGUGUUCGAAAUCAGCUGGUUGCCCGAAUGAACAAAAAUGUUAUGAAAUUGUUGAAAGUGAAAAAACCUGGUAUGAUGCAAGAAGUUAUUGUCUACAGAAAGGGGAAGAUUUAUUCACAUUUAAUGGAAAAUUUGACGCUAGUAAAUUAAAAAUAAAUAGAGAUAAAGCAUACUGGUUGGGAUAUUCAAAGAUUAGUUGGUAUUGGGAGGAUGAACCAGACGUUUUCACGAAAUUCACGAAUUGGAUUGGAAAUUCUGAAACAACUUUUUACGGUGACGAGAAAAAAUGCUCAGCCAUGAGUAUCGACGAUGUUUCAUGGAGAACAGUGUCCUGCACAUCAGCAGCAAAAGAUCAUUACGUUAUCUGCAUGAAAGCAAACGCCGCCGCCAGCCUAGGCAGUCUCGUUUUUGACCGGAACUCGCCUCCUCACGAAUGUUUAUUUCCGGGUCGGAAAACACGGGCCGGGCAGGAACCGAAUUAUCUCCAAUCACUACACCAAAAACUCUACCAAAAACUAACUCAAAAACUCACUCGAAAAAUUACUAAAACUCGAAAACCAAACUCGAAAAAAACUGAAGAAAAGAAUUUUCCAAAAUACUUAUAUGUUAAUUCCCACGAACAACCAUUCACUCUCAAAUAUACUCACUAUACUCUCGCCAUACUAUUCACAUGA